AUGGGUGUUAGCCAGCAGGCCACCUGUACCACUUUUUCCUCCUAUUUAGUAGCUGGGUGCUACAGCUGUAUACACUAAGGAAUACAAAAACUGAGUGAAGAAUGGACUCCGAAGAUACCAUUCACGUGCUCAUGGUCUCCUACCCAGGACAAGGUCAUAUAAACCCUUUCCUUAGACUUGCCAAGUUCCUUGCUGCUAAUGGUUUGUUUGUAACCUUCUCCACCACAGAAAUCGCUGGCAAACAAAUGCGAACUACGAACAACAUCACUCACAAAUCAGUCACUCCAAUCGGCGAUGGUUUUCUCAAGUUCGAAUUCUUUGAAGAUGGUGGCAUGAAGGAUGUUGAUGCUGAUGGUUCCAAGAUGAGAAGUCUCACUGACUUCAGUGCUCAGGUUGAGCAUUUUGGGAGACAAUAUGUUUCCCAAGUCAUCAGGGAGCAUGCCGAGGCAAACCACCCUAUUUCAUGCAUCAUAAACAACCCCUUUGUUCCAUGGGUUUGUGAUGUAGCUGCCGACCAUGUCCUUAAGUACAAUGAAGUUCCGGACUUUCUGCAUCCUUUUAGUCCAUAUCCAGCUCUAGGGACAGUCAUACUGGAACAGUUUAAGAACUUAUCCAAGCCAUUCUGUGUGCUGGUGGAUAGUUUCGAGGAACUAGAAAGUGAUUACAUAAAGUAUCUUUCAGAGUUUGUGGAUAUAAGACCCAUUGGUCCUUUGUUCAAGAUCCCAACAGCAACAGACACAAGUGAUAUCCGUGGUGAUUUUUGGAAGAGUGAUGAUUGCAUGGAGUGGUUGAACUCAAGGGCAGAGGCAUCUGUGGUGUACAUCUCCUUCGGGAGUAUCGUGUGUCUGCCGCAAGAACAAGUGACGGAAAUUGCACAUGGAUUAUUGGACUCUCAGGUCUCGUUUUUGUGGGUUCUGAAACCACCUGUUAAGGAGUUUGGGCUUCCGCCCUACGUUCUUCCUGAUGGGUUCUUGGAGGAUACGAGAGAGAAGGGCAAAGUUGUGCAGUGGAGCCCACAAGAGGAAGUGUUGGGUCAUGGUUCGGUGGCAUGUUUUGUGACACACUGUGGCUGGAAUUCUUCGAUGGAAGGUGUGGCAUUGGGAGUGCCGAUGUUGACAUUUCCAGCAUGGGGUGAUCAGGUGACAAAUGCAAAGUUCUUGGUGGAUGUUUAUGGGGUGGCCAUUAAACUGGGUUAUGGGCAGGCUGAAAAGAAACUGGUGAGCAGAGACGAGGUGAAGAAGCGCUUAUUGGAAGCAACGGUAGGGCCAAAAGCAGAGGAGUUAAAGCAAAACGCGUUCAAGUGGAAGAAGGCUGCAGAGGUCGCAGUGGCUGCGAAUGGUUCAUCUGCCAGGAAUCUUGAUGCGUUUCUCAAAGACAUAAAAGAACGUGGAGCUGUUAGUAUCAAUAAUUGAUGCUUCAUGAAGAAAGUAUUCUGGGUGGAAUAGAUAAAUAAAUUAUUAAAUGUCCCGUCCUCAUAAAUGAAAGCAAAAGUUAAUUAA